AUGAAGGUCACCCUCAAAGAGUGGAAUGCCAUUGCCACUUGGCACUGGGAUAUCCCAGAAGAUGAAGUCUGUGGUAUCUGCCGUGUGCAAUUCGAUGGCACCUGUCCAACCUGCAAAUUUCCCGGCGACGAAUGCGCGCUCUUGGUCGGAACAUGUGGGCAUUCAUUCCAUAUGCAUUGCCUGUUGACUUGGAUCAACCAAGAGUCUUCCAAGGGUCUUUGCCCAAUGUGCCGACAAAAAUUCGAAUGGAAGCAGGGCAACGAGUGA